GAGCAGGAGCCUGGCUGGUUACGAGGAAAAGAAAACACAGGCAGACGCUCUUGCCACAAAAUCUCUACUGCUCUGGCGGAGUUAUGUUGAUGUGAGGGGAGAUAGCAAAGAGAUCAGUGAGUGAGUGACAGCAGCACUAAGGAGAAACGGAGAGAGAAGCUGCCGGCAGCGAGGAGAGACAGCCGUGGCACUUCCAUCACCCCGAAACACAGCGGCGGCAGGAAGGAGAGACGGGCGGGCUGCGUUACAUGCCGUGUCCCUGAGAGCAGCCCCUGCGCCGCGCACCCAGCAUGGCCCGGAUACGGCCCCCCAGCCCACUGCACCAACAUCGCUACUGCUACUGCAGCUACUCCCGGAGUAACAGCGGUGGCAUCAGUAAUGCUAGUAGCAGCAGCAGUGGCUGUAUGCGGGAGGAGAGGAGCAGCCGCACCCCCUGCACCGGCGGCAUCUACAGCCUGCUCCUCACCCUGAUCACCCUGCACAGCGCCCGCAGCCACACAGAAGCAUUCAUUCAGUCUGACAAUAUCAUUGAAGUGCUUCGUUUUGAUGAGGGCGGCAUUUUAGAGACUGAGACAACAAUUGGCCUCAGUUCAUAUCAGCAGAAAAGUGUGUCCUUACACAGAGGGAAUUGUAGACCAAUACGGUUUGAACCACCAAUGUUGGACUUCCACGAACAGCCUGUGGGAAUGCCAAAAAUGGAAAAGGUCUACUUGCACAAUCCUAGUUCAGAAGAAACUAUUACGUUAGUAUCAAUAUCAGCAACAACAUCACAUUUUCAUGCGUCGUUUUUUCAAAAUAGGAAAAUACUCCCAGGUGGGAACACAUCGUUUGAUGUGGUGUUUCUCGCAAGAGUAGUGGGAAAUGUAGAGAAUACUUUAUUUAUUAACACCUCAAAUCAUGGGGUAUUUACCUAUCAGGUUUUUGGAGUUGGAAUUCCCAACCCUUAUCGAUUGCGCCCAUUUAUUGGGGCACGAGUUCCUGUAAACAGCAGUUUUUCACCUUUAAUUAAUAUUCACAAUCCCCACAGCGAGCCUUUACAGGUAGUAGAAAUGUACUCCAGUGGGGGGGAUCUACACUUAGAACUUCCAACAGGCCAGCAAGGGGGCACUAAGAAAUUAUGGGAAAUUCCACCCUAUGAAACAAAAGGGGUAAUGCGGGCAAGCUUCUCCUCACGAGAGGCAGACAAUCAUACCGCUUUUAUUAGAAUUAAAACCAAUGCUUCAGACAGCACGGAGUUCAUUAUUCUUCCCGUGGAGGUGGAAGUCACCACAGCUCCUGGCAUUUACUCAUCCAUAGAGAUGCUAGAUUUCGGUACAUUACGAACACAAGAUGUUCCUAAAAUUUUAAAUCUCCACUUACUAAAUUCCGGAAUGAAAGAUGUUCCAAUAACUAGUGUACGAUCAACACCUCAGAAUGACGCAAUAACAGUUCACUUCAAACCAAUAACAUUGAAAGCUUCAGAGAGCAAAUACACCAAAGUUGCAAGCAUCAGUUUUGAUGCGUCAAAAGCAAAGAGAUCAUCACAGUUUUCUGGAAAAAUUACAGUUAAGGCAAAAGAGAAGAGUUACUCAAAGCUAGAAAUUCCAUAUCAAGCAGAAGUAUUAGAUGGGUACUUGGGGUUUGAUCAUGCAGCGACCUUAUUUCACAUCCGUGAUAGUCCAUCUGAUCCAGUGGAGAGACCCAUCUUCUUGACGAACACCUUUCCUUUUGCUGUAUUCCUUCAUGAUGUCUUGUUACCUACAGAUGCAAUGACCAUGUUUAAAGUCCAGAAUUUCUCUUCACAUGUGUUACUUCCUCCUGGGGAAUCUAGAUAUAUAUUCUCACUUAUGUUCACACCUUCAGCGUUCUCUGUCCAUAUAGACAGUAAUAUAUUACUGAUUACCAAUGCAUCUAAAUUCCAUCUUCCUGUAAGAGCGUACACAGGUUUUCUAGAUUACUUUGCUUUACCUCCUAAACCAGAAGAACGUUUUUUAGAUUUUGGAAUUCUUAGUGCUGCAGAAUCCAGUAGUCUUCUCAUUGCUAUUAUAAACAACAACCCUAUAGAGUUGGCUAUAAAAAGUUGGCACAUUAUUGGAGACAGUCUUUCCAUAGAACUUCUUACUACAGAGAAGGGAAAUAGGACGGCCAUAAUAACAAGCCUCGUGGAGAUUGAAAACGCCACUGCAUCUGACCGCACCUCAGUUAUAUUAACUUCAGGUUAUUAUGCAGUGUUUCGAGUGACAUUAACAGCAAAAAAUCUUGAAGGCUCCUAUGAUGGAGGCAUCCAAAUAACCACAGAUUUUGAGAUCUUGACAAUCCCUGUGAAGGCAGUGAUUGCUGUGGGUUCAUUGACCUGCUCCCCGAAGCACAUUACUCUUCCGCCUUCCUUUCCGGGAAAACUAGUUCAUCAGAGUUUAAAUAUUAUGAGUUCCUUCUCACAGAAGGUGAAAAUACAGCAAAUACGCUCCUUAUCGGAGGACAUGAGGUUUUUUUAUAAGCGAUUAAGGAGCAAUAAAGAAGAAAUAGAGCCUGGGAAAAAAUCCAAGAUAGCGAAUAUCUAUUUUGAUGCUGCUUUACAUUGUGGAGACCACUGUUAUGUUGGACUACCCUUUAUAUCUAAAAAUGAGCUGAAGCCUCAACACCAUUUAGCAAUGCAGGAGGAUGUUUGGGACUCAGACUGGGAUUAUUAUGAUAAUCUUUACAAGAAAUGGUCUGAAAUCUCUAAUUCUAAUAUGCCUGAAGCCGUGUUUGAGGUUGACACUGAUCUGCAGAAAAAUGUCCUUGCAGAGGUUAAGGCUGAGCUUCUUUGGCCAUCUAUUGUCAGCUCACCCCGUCAUAUACACUUCCCUUUAACAAAUACCAACAGUUCGUCGGACAAGGAAAUUGCACUAGAAAAUCCCUCUGAUGCUCCUGUUUAUAUCCAGUUUGUGCCCCUGGCUCUGUAUUCUAACAGUUCUCUGGUGCUAGACAGAAUAGUAAAGAGAUUCAAUAUCAGUAAGUCACUAAAUAUAGACCUGAAGACACUUGAAUUCAAAGUAUUCAGAAAUAAUGUUCAACCUAUACAGAGCAAUCAAGGUUUUGUGGAGGGCUCAUCCCGGCCGGCCAUUCUCAACAUUAUACUAAAGCCUGGAGAGAAAAAGAGUGUGAACGUCAGAUUUACCCCUUUGCUAAACAAAACCAUAUCCUCAUUACUCAUAGUCAGAAACAAUUUGACAGUGAUCGACGUUCUCACAGUGAAAGGUCAAGGAGCAAAUGAAAAUAUUAAGAUUGGUGGAAAACCACCUGGCCCUGGGAAUUCCUUGAGGUUUAAAAUUACUGAAGCCUUUCUGAAAGAUUGCUCAGACAAAAUUAAGCACAGAGAGCCAAAUUUCACACUUAGGAGGACAUUCAAAUUUGAGAACACAGGUCAGCUUCAAGUCACUGUUAAAAGCAUGGAAAUUAGUGGAUACCCAUGUGAAGGAUAUGGAUUCAAGAUUUUGAAUUGUCAGGAGUUUGCACUAGAUCCUAACGCCACAAAAGAAAUUGUUAUAUUGUUUACACCAGAUUUCACUUCCUCACGAGUGAUUCGUGAACUGAGGAUUGUAACAACUGGAGGCUCUGAAUUUGUUUUUAUUCUGAAUGCGUCCCUUCCAUACCACAUGCUGGCCUCCUGUGCAGAAGCACUUCCCCGACCCAACUGGGAGCUAGCACUGUAUGUCGUUAUCUCAGGAAUAAUGAGUCUGCUGUUUCUGCUAGUUAUUGGAACGGCUUAUUUAGAAGCUCAAGGAAUAUGGGAGCCAUUCAAAAGGCGGCUCUCUUUCGAGGGAUCAAAUCCUCCGUUUCAUUUGGGCAGGCCCUUUGACCUCAGAAGGAUUGUUGGGAUUUCAUCAGAUAACAACUUUAACUCUGUUGGCUCGGACUCUAAUCAUAACUCUAAUAGAGGGCUGUAUAGCGGAAAUGCCUCUACGCGACCAAACACAGGAAAUCACAAGCAGAGUAACACCGCGACCCACCUACACAGGAGCACACCGGAUGUGGAUACAAGUAGAACAAAAAACAGCUCCAGUAUAACCAACAAAAUGUCAGCACAAGUGCCUGCUGCACAGCCAGCUAGCAGAGCUUCCUCCCAGGCCACAGACUCCAGCACGGUGGCUCACAGCUCCACUUUAGCCAGGCGCUCUCGAGGAACAAAAUUAAAUCCCAGUCCUGUACAGCCUCAAGGACCAGUCUUACAGGAGCAGCUUGCCCCUGCAGAACCACCAACAGUGCCUCCAACACAGCCAGACCAACCAGCAGAAAUGUCCCGAACAGGGACCUGUAACCCUCCCCACCCUGAAUUCUUUGGAACUGGUGGCAGUAACACCAGGCACAGUUCAGACGACUCGGAUAUUAUUAGUCUCAUAGAAGUAAUGGACAAAGACUUUGACAUUUCUGACCCCCCUCAAUCAGAUGUGUUUAUAGAACAUCCCCCUUCUCCAGCAGCAAAACAUAAAGGGAAAGGAAAAUCUCUACAACAGAAAGUUAAGAUUCAAAAGAAGCCAGAAGAGAGAGAGAGACGGAGGAAAGGCAAGUCACAUGAAGAUGAGCUUAAAGAUUCUCUUGCAGAUGAUGACAGCUCCUCCACCACCACAGAAACCUCCAAUCCUGACACUGAGCCAACCCUCAAAGAGGAGCCUGAUAAAAUAAAGGGAAAACAAGGCAUUACUGAAAAGCCAGAGAGUGAGAUCUGUAAAAUAAAAAAGAGUAAGAAAGUGCUUGGCACCAGCAAAAAGGAGACGGUCAUAGAGGUAAAACCCAGCUCUUUGGAGUUGCCAUACACCACUCCACUGGAAAACAAACAGCAUAAAAACUUCUCCAAAAUUUCUGUGCAGCACUCUCUAGUGAAUGGUUCAAAGCCAAGAAACCUUCAGAAAGCAAGAGGUACCAAGAGUAAGUUAGUGGAGAACAGGCAGUCAAUGCUGGCGAAACUUCUUCCUAGUCGUACUGGUCAGGAACUAGGAAACACCAGCAGUUCAGAAGGAGAGAAAGAUUCCCCACCGCCAGAGUGGGACUCUGUGCCAAUUCACAAAGGCAGUUCAGCAGACAGCCUGUACAAAUUGUCUGUACAAACCCAUAAUGCUGAUGACUUCUUAAAACAACGGCAAAUAUCACCAGCUCCUACCUCUCCCUCGCCACCCCCAUCAUUGUGCUACGGGCUAAGAAGCAGCUACAGCAGCAUUGUGAACAGCACAACCAAUCCUGAAUUAAGAAGUAAUUCUACUGUCACUAAACAUAAGCUGACUAAAGCAUCCUCUCUACCUGGAAGGAAUGGCAAUCCUACAUUUGCUGCUGUAGCUGCAGGAUAUGACAAGAAUCCAGGUGGCGGCGGCAGCGGGUUAUCAAAAUCAUCUGUUGCUAAAAGUGACAUACUUGCCAACAUCAGUAUGUCUCAUAAUCCCUCCAUCGACAGCGAUACCUCUGAUAGUUCGGGUCUGUGGAGUCCGAUCACUGGUCCCAACAGCCCUGAUUAUGCUCCACUUAAUUCAUUCUCUACCUUCGGCUCCAGCAAUUCCUUUAACUUAACAGGAGAGGUUUUUAGCAAACUUUCAUUUCCCCGCAAUACAUACACCCAUGAGCCUCAGAAGAAAUGGACAGAUUUUGAAUCAACUUCCUCAAUCUGGGAUACUCCUGCUGUGGAUUCUGUACCCACAUGGCCAACCAGCACUGGAUCCCCAACCCAUGUGACAUCCUCCAUCCUUGGCAACACCGGUAGUCUGUGGUCUACAACCACUCCAUUCAGCAGUUCCAUAUGGUCCAGUAAUCCGAACAUGACCCUUCAAUACACCACUCCAGCAAACCCUCUGCCUGGCAUUGAUCUAAUCGGAGCUGAAAGUACCUGUACCACCUCCAGCUCUCCUUCAGCUUCUGCUUCUCACAGCCCUGAGAGCAUGCCAGGACAGACUUAUGAUCCCUGGAGAAUGUGGACCCCAACUAUCGGGAGGAGAAGUUCAGACCCUUGGUCCAAUUCCAAUUACCCACAUGAGAACUAACUAUUACGCUAUAAAGUGGUAAUAGGAGUAUUGCUGCAAUAUCUGCCAAUUAUUUUUGCGAUAACUAUUUUGUUUUCCCCUUUUUCUACCAGUCAUUGCCUGUUAUUGGGUUUUUAUUUAUUUUUAAAAAUUCCAAAUUUAAGUCCAAAUCCUACAUUAUUUUUAGUCACCAGUUCCAGCUGUUUUACGUUUUCCAGAUUCUUUUUUAAAGUGGCGUAAACAUUGUGUAUGGACAAACGUGUUCUGCAGAAAAUGUCAGGAAAACGGCAUGUUAGGGAAUAGCACGGGUAACAAUUGCCACCUCAUUAUCAUUUUAUUUAUUUUGAGAACGUGCAACAAAAUAGCCCUAUGUAUGCUUGCCCUGAAAUGUAAAGCCUGAAGAGUAGGGUUUUUUUGUUUUGUUUUUAUUUUACCGCAUUUCCCAAGUAUUACGUUUCUAAUAAAGGAAUAAGCAAGAAUGCGUUACAUCGCGACUGAAGCUAUAAAUGCUGGUUUUGAAUUGACUCAUGAACAAAAUGCUAAAUGCAGCCAAGAGCCCUGUGAAUGCUCAUCUUGGGCUGCUCUGCACUUUCCCCGCUCUGUAUCACAUGCAUUUUUUUUAAGAAAAGAAAAAAAAAAACAUUAAUUUUACAUGCUCCUUGUAAAAUCCUGUGGAAAAAAACAGGAUUUGUUGAGUAAUUCAUACAACUUUGAGUUGUAAUUUAAAUAAAUGAGGCACUUUUUUUCACUAAA